AUUAUCCAAUUGGUCAUAUGCAGAUAAUCCAUCAAUUGCAAUAUUGAUUGUUUUAUUUUCCCUCCUAAUUGUUGUAUAUCUUAUGAACUUGUUAAUUGGAUUGCUAAAUAUUGCAAUUGAAGAAGAUAAUAAUAGAGUCUCAUAUUUGAUACAGAAGGCAGAAAUUUUGGCUGAGAUUGAGUUAUUUUACCUAUUACCACAUCAGAGACGUUGGCAAACAUGGUUUCCUGAAGUAAUACAUUAUUAUGCUGAUGCUGAUAAGACUCAAAUAGAAAUUAAAAGAUUGAUUAAAGAGGGUGAAUGGGAUAAUAAGGAAUUCAUAAAGACGCAAGAAAAAUUAUUAGAACAACUUCAAAUUAAACGUAAUCCUAAUGGAAAUGUGGUAAUAUCAGAGAAAUUAUCGGCGUUAGAAAAAUUAGAAAAAUCUCAUUGUGAGAUAUUAGAGAAAUUAGAUAAGUUGGGAACAUUAGAAAAAUCUCAUUUAGUUUUCACUGAUCACGAAUUAAAUAAGAUAGAGAAAUUAUUGGAAGAAAUGCAUGCUAAAUAAUUUUUAAUAUUAUGUUAGUUUUUAUAAUUUGAUCAC